CCGGGGGUGACGAGACGUCACGUGGCGCUGCGUGACGGCGGCGGCUCGAAGGUCGCGGCGUUUUGGCGGGAGAUCCGGGAGGCGGCGCUGCAGGAAGCGAGUGCGAAGGCCCUGCCCGCCUCGACGGAGCUCGACCGCCGCGGGCGGCUGUUCCCGAAGGAUUCCGGAUGGCUCCGGUGAAAAUCAGCUACGUCGUGUCCUUCUCCUCGCAGGACCCCAGGUACCCGGCGGAGAACCUGCUGCGCGAUGACGGCCUCCGCCCCUGGCUCAGCUGCCCCCGGGACCAGAGCAGGCAGCUCACGGUGGAGCUGCAGCUGGAGAGAGCCAGCCCCAUCGGCUACGUGGACGUGGGGAACUGCGGCUGUGCCUUUCUGCAGAUCGACGUGGGCCGCUCCUCCUGGCCGCUCAAGCAGCCCUACGUCACCCUGCUGCCCAGCGUCGCGCUGAUGACGCCGGCUGACUCCAAGCUGGGCAGGAACCGCUGCGGAGUCCGGAUGUUUAAAGAAGCGGAUUUCCUGGCGCCGGCGGUGGGCCAGAAGUGGGACCGCCUGCGGCUCGUCUGCAGCCAGCCCUUCGGCAAGCGCAGCCCCUUCGGGCUCUCCUUCCUCCGCGUGCGCACGCCGCCGGACGCCCAGCACAGCCCGCCGCCCCCUCCGCAGCAGCAAGGGCCGGAGGAUCCCGAGUCGGCAGCCAGCCCGUGGCACUCCAACCCCGCCUUUCGCCGGACUUUCUUUCCAGAACCACGCGUGAGCAGCAGGGAGGAGGAGCAGCUGAAGAGCCGCCUGCAGCAGCUGGAGCCAGGCCCCCAGCCCCACGCGUGGAGCCCAGCCCGCCUCAGCCGGCCGGCCAGGAUGGUGCUGUCCGCAGCUCAGAGCCGGGCUCUCCAGCCCGGAGCCAGCGCAGGCUCCCUGGGGAGCAGCCAGGAGCAGCCAGCUGAAGACCCCGGAGGCCCUGCAGCAUCGGGGUCCGCGCAGGAUGCGCCUGCAGCCCCGAAGAGAGCCCGCAGGACACCGGCCAAGAGGCAGAGCGCUCGGAGCCCAGCGCGCAGGUCUCUGCCAGCUCCCUCAAGGCCGUCCAGGGCGGGAGGAAGAGCCCGGGGCCGCAGAGGAAGGCCGGCCAGGAGCCGGGAGAGCAGCGGAGAGAGCCGUCACGGGGAGGUGGGCACGUGCCCCAUCUGCUCGGGCUGCUUCAGCGUGGAGCUCCUUCCUGCGCACGCCUCCGGCUGCGGGGAGGAAGACGCGGUCCCGGAGGCCGCCUGGGCCUCCUCGCCGUGGGGGGAUCCGUCGCCCGAGGCCGGGGUGUCGUGCCCCAUCUGCGAGCUCCGGUUCAGCCCGGCGGAGGUGGAGCAACACGCCAGCACCUGCGGGGAGCAGGCGGGAGCCCUGGGCCCCUCGUCCUCGCCCCUGUGGGUGGAGUAGGGCCGUGGGGCCGGAGGAGAGGCCCCGACUCGGUGCCCCCCAGACACUCGAUUUGCAGAGACUCCCCUGAAAUAGGGCCACAGUUGAUCCUACAGCCGUCUCACUAUACAGGCGAGGACAAGGGACAUUCCAGUCACCGGGAAUUCACUCGCACAGCGAACCUCUUCCUCGUGAGCCGCCGCAGAGACCGGCGAGGCCAAGGGGAGCUGGCGGCGAGGAGGGGCAGGGGCUCCCUGGCCCGCUGCACCCAGGAGGCUGGAGUCUGCCAGACCAGUGCAGUUCUGCUGCCGUUAGAGGCUGGUGUGCGGAGUCCAGGUGCUGGGACCUGCCCGGCCCUUGUCACUUUGGGCAUCACAAGCCAGGGCUGAGGAGCAGCGGCUGCCACUGCCAGCGCCGCAUGACGCCUGUGCCAGCGGAGCAGGGCUGGACCUGGGUGUGCCGCCGGCUUUGCACGCGGCAGCACCGACCUGCAGAUUUAAAGCGAGGCUGGCAGGCGGAUGGAGACAUCACUGCCGUCCCAGCGGCCCCCAGGGCUCGGGAGACCGUCACCGGACUCGGGAGGGGAGCAGGAGCCUGUCCCGGGCUCCGGGCCCGGCUGUUGCGCAAAGGCUGCGGCAGGACGGUCACCGUGUGCGUUACGGUGUGCCGGCAGCUGAGGGCUGACACGGCUGUAACAACAAACGCUGCUUUUGGGGAAGAAUAAACCAGGAGAGAAAGAGGA